UCUCGCAGAAGGAUUCCUCGGGGGCCCGAUGGCAACACCGACGGUGCGAACCUGCCUCCUGCGCGCCCUGAGCGGGCAGCCCCACCACAGGCUCUGGAGCUGGCCAAGCCCCCCCUGGGUGUCUUCCUUCGCCCGCGUUGCCAGCAGCAGCAGCAGGGCCGGCAAGGGCGACGAGUCCCGCGCUGGGUGGAGCACGCCCUGCCUGCAGGGGGAGUACCGGGAGUGGCGCGCGCGGGCGCUCAGGGACCCCGGGCCUUUUUGGGGGGCGCUGGCGCGGGAGGCGCUGCUGUGGGACACCCCGCACCACACCGACUGCGAGUGGGACUUCGCUCGGGGCCACAUCCACUGGUUCCUGGGCGGCCGCUUAAAUGUGGCGGUUAACUGCUUGGACCAACAUGCACAUCAUUGUCCGGACAGAGUGGCUUUGAUUUGGGAAAAAGAUGAGCCUGGCACUGAAGAGAAAAUCACUUAUAGGGAACUUCUGAAUAUGACCUGUAGUCUUGCUAAUACCUUGAAGAAAAAUGGUAUAAAAAAGGGGGACCGAGUUGCUAUCUAUAUGCCUGUGUCUCCACUGGCAGUGGCUGCCAUGUUGGCUUGUGCAAGAAUUGGUGCUGUUCACACAGUUGUUUUUGCUGGAUUCAGUGGAGAAGCCUUAGCAGGAAGGAUCAAUGACUCUGAAUGCAAAGCAAUCAUCACCUAUAACCAGGGACUCAGAGGAGGACGGAUUAUAGAGCUGAAGAAGACAGUGGAUGAAGCUGUACAGAAUUGUCCAAGUGUCAAUUGUGUCUUUGUGGCUCAGAGAACAUCCAACAAAAUCCAUUUGGGGAGCAAAGAUAUUCUUCUUGAAGAAGAGAUGGCUAAGGAGUCUUCAGUUUGCCCCCCUGAAAUAAUGGACAGCGAAGACAUGCUUUUUAUGCUUUAUACCUCAGGCAGCACAGGGAAACCUAAAGGGAUUGUCCAUACCCAGGCUGGCUAUCUGCUUUAUGCUGCAUUAACACACAAGCACGUAUUUGACUACAAGCAAAAUGAUGUUUUUGGCUGUGUGGCUGAUAUUGGCUGGAUCACAGGACACAGCUAUGUUGUAUAUGGACCACUCUGCAAUGGAGGCACCACGGUUCUCUUUGAAAGCACUCCAGUUUAUCCUGAUCCAGGUCGCUAUUGGGAAACUGUAGAGAGGUUAAAAAUUAAUCAGUUUUAUUGUGCUCCCACUGCAUUGCGGUUGCUUCUGAAGUAUGGAGAUGAGUAUGUGAAGAAGUAUGACCGAUCUUCUUUAACUACCCUUGGAUCAGUGGGAGAACCAAUAAACCAUGAAGCUUGGCAGUGGUUCUAUGAUGUGGUAGGAGAUGGACGAUGCUCCCUUGUGGAUACUUGGUGGCAAACAGAAACUGGUGGCAUUUGCAUUGCUCCUCAGCCUUCAGAGAAAGGAGCUGAGGUUGUUCCUGCUAUAGCAAUGCGGCCAUUCUAUGGGAUUGCCCCAGUACUGCUGGAUGAGCGGGGAAAAAUUAUAGAAGGCAACAAUGUCUCUGGUGCUCUUUGCAUUGCGCAGCCAUGGCCGGGUAUAGCAAGAACCAUCUAUGGGGACCAUCAAAGAUUUAUAAAAGCUUACUUCAAAACCUAUCCAGGUUACUAUUUCACAGGAGAUGGAGCUCACCGAACCAAAGAAGGCUAUUACCAGAUAACAGGUCGAAUGGAUGAUGUUCUAAACAUUAGUGGACAUAGACUUGGAACUGCAGAGAUUGAAGAUGCCAUGGCUGACCAUCCCGAAGUACCAGAAACAGCUGUGAUUGGUUAUCCCCAUGAACUCAAAGGGGAAGCUGCAUUUGCUUUCAUAGUGCUAAGGGAUGACACUGCUCUUCCAGAAACUGUUACCAAAGAACUCAGAGGAAUAGUUGCUUCUAAAAUAGCAAAGUAUGCUGUGCCUGAUCAUGUUCUGGUGGUAAAGCGCCUUCCCAAAACUCGAUCUGGGAAAAUCAUGAGACGAUUGUUACGGAGAAUAGUGACAGACAAUGCCAGUAACCUGGGAGAUAUCACCACACUGGAUGACCCCAGUGUCAUCAAAGAAAUACUUGACACGUAUGAGGAAUACAAAGUAAACCAUCCUGCUUUAUAACAAGGAACUAUGGAGAUUUGCUCUGUUAGAAAGGAUCUGUUAGAAGGAUCAAAAGUAAUCACCAAGUUUGCUUGUGCUCUGUCAUAGGGUUUUGUUUAUUUCCAUGAAGACCAGAAGAUUAUCUUCCUAGAACUAUCCUAUAGAUGUUUCUAACACUCACUUUCAUGUGUUGUCUUUCUUGUCCACUGAUCACCAUGGAAGAUGCAGUUUAGAUCCUAAUAUUCUAGAGACUUAACAGAUCUUUCACAUAUUGAAGACUUCAUUAACAUCAUAAUUGUGGAACCUACAGGCAGAAAACAUGAAUUUAGCCUUAAUAUCUGUGCCCCAAAGAAAAUUUGAAGCACAUUUUUAAACUAUGUUUUAAAGAUAAGAGAAACUGCUCUCUGAACAUUUGCGACUAUUUAGGUAGAUUGAAUUUAUUAAUGUUUUAUUGAAUUUCUAAGCACUUUCAAUCACACAGAUAAUUAUUAUAGUAGGAAAUGCUGUUUUCUGAUUUUUAGUUUACUGAUUUUGAAACUUAUAUAUGGUGCCUUAUUAGUAACACUUGUCAAAAUUGAUUGGCUGACAGAUCAAGUGGGAAAGAAGAUGUGGUGGAUUGUUACAAACUGCAGUACCAUUAGCUGUGAAUUUUGGACUUGGCUCAAAUAUCCUCUUUCCUUCAAAAUGCUAUGAUUUUGCUUUGAGAAUGAAAAUAUGCCCUGAGUCAUCCCAGCAUGUAGACUGAGGCAGUUGUUUUCAUUAAUUUCCACACUAUAGUGCCAUAUUAUUUUUUGUGUGACCAUUUUUUGCCACUCAAAAAUCAGGGAUAAAAAUCAACAUUUUCCCACUUACUGUUAAAUUGCAGUAAUGCCUUGUGAUGGUUUAUUCUGGAAAUUGCAAAAAACGGCUAGGAAAUCCCCUUCAAGAUAUCUGAAAAUACAUUCAUAUAUGUGGAAAAAAUAAAUUGUCUUGGAAUGUGAAAGGAUGGUCUCCCAGGAAAUCUGUAAUAAAGGCCAGGGUUGAACUAUCACACUCUGAUUCCCAUCCCAGUGUUUUAACUAGAAACACAUUAGUAGCUCUCAGGGUGCUACAUUUUUCAAUAGAACUGGGCUUUCAGAGGAUUUGAAGAAGGAUUCCUUAUUUGGUAUUUCUCUUAUUUUAUGUGCUUCUAAUAAAAGAGAUUGUCUUUACCAUUGUCCAACAAAACAGUGUGUCAGUUUUAGACUGAUAUCAUUCCUGCUAAUAGUAAAAUGACUUAUUAUCAUUAUGUUCAUAAAAGCAUCAGCUCACAAGUGAUUCUUUGCUUGUCACUCUAUCUGAUAGUUAAGUGGCUAGCCCUUGUAUUGAUCAUGAAAGCAAUAUAGCUGGACCACUUAGAAAAAAAUGAAACAUAAUUUGAAGAAUCAGCAGGGCUACAGAGUGGUCUUAACUUUGUUAAUAAUUGUUAUAUAAAACCAUCAGAGCCCAAUGAAAAUGGGAUAUGUACCUGGAACCACAGAAUGAUGAGAAGUUGAAGAAAAAACAGAGGGUGGGGAGAAAUUAGCUGUUUGAAGUGCUGUAGAAAAUACCCCUUGCAGAAUCUUGGAAGAGGUGAGAGGGGAAUUUCCAAAUAAUUUAUUCUGUCAGGCUACAAUUCUUAAUGUGGGUCCGCACUAGGGUUUUUUGGUUUUGUUUUUUUACACACAAAAACACGGAACAGGAGUACCCUCUAGUGGACAAUUUUAAUAAAAAUGGCCAUAAAAUCUGUUGAAAGAGAUGAGGCUAUUUGGCUAAGUUCAUAUUCAUUUAUUUUAAACUGCUGCCCAUUUCGCUGCUUUACAGUCAGUUAGCCCCCUCAAUAAAAGGAUGGAAAGACUGAGUCUACAGCCUCACUAUGGGGUAUUAUAUAGUUAAGAAACCAUAUAAAAAUCAUCUCCUGAACUGGGCCCUUGUCAAGCAUGACUUCAGAAAUCUUUAAGCACAGAUUCAGUACUAUUUCUUACAAGAUAUUUUCUACUCAGGCUUUGGAGCCAGAAUGCAGAAUGAAUUCAUGUUAUGCUAGUUAUGAACAUUGUAUUAGUAUGCAUAUUUUAACAUUUCCAUUUAAAAUACACAGGAGAAAGGACUUGAUCCUUUCUGAAUCACAGCUCACAGAUCUUUGAAAGAAGCUGCUGUUUAUAUGCACUUCUUAGCUGACAUAAGAUGCAGGUGCUUUAUAGCUAUGUUUCAGACUGGAGUCCAAAAUACAUCCUAGGAAAUGGCCCUCAGAAAGAGCAGUGCUCUUUUCACUGCUAUUAGCUAAGGAAAGAAUGUAGUGACUGGGGUUCAUUCAUACUUCACUCUCUUUAAUGAUGAGAUGUAUUGAAUAAAUAUCUUCCUGAUUUGGCUGCCGGAAGAAAGGAGUUUCCUUCCAAUAACCUAUGGAAUUGUAGAUACAAUAUGAGGUACCAACUGAAAUGGACAGGGUAGGUGUUUCUAAUGAAUUUGCUCAUUUGGUUUUUUGAAACAGAAUACUGAAAGCAGGACCUUUACUACUUUGUAUAUGUCAGCAUAUUUUAUAUCAGUUUCUCUCCUCUUUGCAGAGUAGUGUUCUGUGGUUAGCUUGAGCAAUAAUUAUAUUAAUAAUGCUUUUAAAGAGUCUUUUUGCAGGGGGGAGGUGAUGUGAAUUGUAUAAAACAUAACAUUCCUUGUGCAUUUUGUAUUCUUGAAAUUGAUAGUUGCAGAGGUAUGAAUAUUUAACACAGUGCCUUAAAAUAUAAUGGAACAAUGAAAGUUUUUAUUAAAGAUAUACUUGUA